CGGAAGUGGUCGUCGUCGCGGCGGCACGGGUGGGAGUGGGGCGCGGGGCUCAGAGUGCAGCGGGCGGUCGGGCGGACGACGGCGUCUCGCAUCUGCGGUGGUGGAGGACGCGGGCCUUGCCGGUUGGGUGCGAGUCCACUGAAUCGACGAGCAGCUUCUCAGCCCGUCUCCUGCCCGUUGGAGCCCCCGGAGCCGGGACCGCUCGGCCGGCGUCACCAUGACCAAGGCCGGUAGCAAGGGCGGGAACCUCCGCGACAAGCUGGACGGCAACGAACUGGACCUGAGCCUCAGCGAUCUGAACGAGGUCCCCGUAAAGGAACUGGCUGCCCUCCCGAAGGCCACCGUGCUGGACCUGUCCUGCAAUAAACUGACUAGUCUCCCGGCGGAUUUCUGCGGCCUCACACACCUGGUGAAGCUGGACCUGAGCAAGAACAAACUGCAGCAGCUGCCGGCUGACUUCGGCCGCCUGGUCAACCUCCAGCACCUGGAUCUCCUCAACAACAGGCUGGUGACCCUGCCUGUCAGCUUCGCUCAGCUCAAGAGCCUGAAGUGGCUGGACCUGAAGGAUAACCCCCUGGAUCCCGCCCUGGCCAGAGCAGCAGGGGAUUGCCUGGAUGAGAAGCAGUGCAAGCAGUGUGCCAGCAGGGUGUUACAGCACAUGAAGGCUGUCCAGGCUGAUCAGGAGCGAGAGAGGCAGCGGCGGCUGGAAGUAGAACGAGAGGCCGAGAAGAAGCGGGAGGCCAAGCAGCGGGCUAAGGAGGCUCAGGAGCGGGAGCUGCGGAAGCGGGAGAAGGCCGAAGAGAAGGAGCGCCGGAGGAAGGAGUACGACGCCCUCAAGGCAGCCAAGCGGGAGCAGGAGAAGAAGCCCAAGAAGGAGACGAAUCAGGCCCCGAAGUCCAAGUCUGGCUCUCGGCCCCGCAAGCCACCUCCCCGGAGACAUGGCAGGGCCUGGGCCGUGCUGAAGCUGCUGCUGCUGCUGCUGCUGUGUGCGGCCGGCGGGCUGGUGGCCUGUCGUGUGACCGAGCUGCGGCGGCAGCCCCUCUGCGCCAGCGUGAACACCAUCUACGACAAUGCGCUCCGUGGGCUGCGCGGCCACGACAUCCUGCAGUGGGUGCUGCAGACCGAGUCUCAGCAGUGAGCUUGUCCUCGACACCUGCUGCCUCCCAGCCUUGGAGCUUGGAUUCCUAUGGAAUUGGGUUCUGCUGGACACAAACCUCUUUUUAGCGUCAGACCUACCUGCCAUCAUCCAAUGGCUGCUGAUUGGUACUUGAGAUUUCCUCUCUGUAGGACUUCUUUGUUCCUUAGUCAGGGUUCCCUGGUGGAAUGAGAAGUGGGAGGUGGGCACAGUUUACCUGCAUGCCUAAAGGAAUAGGCUUGGGGUGGGCAGAGGGAAAAAAACGGCCUUUUCUAGUUGUUGCACAAAGCUGUGUAAAGGCAAGGCUCGUUUCUACUAAACGAUCAGGUCAGCUGUCACUACAUUUAUACUUUUGUAUGUCACAAACCCUUUCUUUCAUUCCUCCCUGCGUAGCCAGGGCAGAUCAGGAGGCAGUGCGAUAUUGGGGACGAAGGGAACACCGUACUCAGCAAAUCUAGCCUAAAUUGGGGGGUGGGGGAGGGUAUACCUAUUUUCUUAAGCACCUCAGACAUUUUAAUGACCAUACAAAAUCUCAGGCUGUGAAAGGGACUUCAGGACCAUCCAUUCCAAUAGUAACACGUGCAGACAGGGAAACUGAGGCCUUCCAUGACUUGCCUUCGGUCUCCCAGCUAGUUAGAGGCAGAACUAGACUCCCACUCCAGUAUCCUCUCUUUCCAUCACUUUGCUUCCUUAACAACGUCUGGAGAGAGGAGAACUCACCCCGGAACCGAGCGUCUCUCGGCUGGAGUGCAGACUCUCGGGACGGUAGGCAGCUCUGUGUCCCACAAAUAGGAUUCUCCCAGCCAGGAGGGUCUGGGGCAGCUCCUAUGGCUUCCUGCCCCCACUCCUGUGGCUUUCACAAAACGGUCCAGGCUCCUUGGCUCUGUUAGAGCAUUAACUCCCUAGUUGCCAGUAAACAAGGAGGUGGACCGUCACGAAGCCAUUCUGUCUGAGACAGCUGUCGGUAAUCGGUGUGACAAAGUCAGAGGCAGCCCGCAGACUCAAGUUUCAUAGGGCUGGAGGUUUAGCGUUUGGGUCUCGACCUAGAACCACCUCAACGAAGGGAAACAAGUAGCACCAUGGAGUUGGAAAGUGGCGCGUUUACAAACAGCUAGUGCAGAGAAGGGGAGGGCUGUGUUCUCCCGCCUGUCAGACGCAGCCCCUUCUUGCUCUGUGGCCUCCUUGCACAGAAGCCAGAGGAAGGGAUAAGGUGUGGUCGCCAUGGUGCUCAUUCGCUGAAACUCCCAACUGUAGGCUGCUUGUCUCCCCCUCAGGAGGGCAAGAUCCGGUCAUGAUGCAGAGACAGAAGGUGGGGCCCAGCUUUCAGCCUUUGUGGCUCAUCUGGGUGGGACAGCCACUCCUGACUGUCCUCAGACUGGAAGAGUGACUUGUUCCUUUCUCUCCCCAUCCCCAGACAUUUCUGCUGCAGGGACCCAUACCUUACUCAGAAAUCACUACACAUUCCUUAGUCUUCCUCCAAGCUCCAGAGCCAUUGGUACAAAUGCUUUAUUGAAACAAAAUACAUAGUAUGUGAGAUGAGAUGAAGAGGAUGGGGAGUCAGCCCAGGGAUCAGACCCCCAAGCAGGAGGGCUGGGUGAGAGGGCGGCAGGGCACACCUGGCUCCCUCCAGCCAGCCCGCUGAGGGAAGUUCCCUCAUGAUCUCGAGAUUUGAAGCUGAGGUUCUUGUGGAUUUCUACAGUUAUUAAAUAUGUGUCUGAGUGGUC